UCUCUCUCUCUCUCUCUCUCUCUCUAAAACUCCACAACAAUACCAAUACUCUUCUUCUCUUCUUUGCCUCUCCAUCUUCUCCUUCUUCUUCUCUCCUCUAAUGGUUUCCCAUUAAAAACCCUAAUAUCUGCCCCCUUUCUGUUUCUCCCCUCACUCUCACUCCACAGGGGAUUGUCUGGAGAAUAAAUUAUAAUCUUUAUUUAUUUUUUUCUCUCGGAGAGAUUAAGGGUUGGAAUAUAUGUCCUUCAAUCAAUCAAGGUCCGAUAAGAACGAGAGCUUCACUCAGUAUCGCAAAUCCGGGCGAUCCACGAGCUUCAAUCAGCAGCGAGGCUCAUCAGGCACUCACCCUAAGCCCGGCGGCGCCGGUGGGUCCGCCCCUUCCCCGUCGAUCGCUUCUAAUCGUAGCUUUAAGAAGACUAAUAAUGCUCAAGUUGGGCAAUCUAGAGGAGGUCUUCCUACUGUAAAUUCUACGGAUUCGAGUAACGCUCCUAACCUGCGAGGUGUGCAGAAUGGCGACUCCGCGCCGAUUCAAUCGCGUGCAACAUCUGAUGCACGGGUUACAAAUGCAGUUACCAAGCCUACCGAAACACCACCUACCCAGAGAAGCACCAGAGAUGUUCCUAAGGCUCCAACUUCUCAACCUUCCCCCUUGAACUCUGACCCGGCCACACCCACUACUCCGGCGAAGAGUACUGGAGAGCAGACUAAGGAGUUCUCUUUCCAAUUUGGGUCAAUAAGUCCUGGAUUCAUGAAUGGUAUGCAGCUUCCAGUUAGGACUAGCUCAGCUCCUCCAAAUUUAGAUGAACAGAAACGCGACCAGGCACGCCAUGAAUCUUUUAGACCAGGUCCUCCAAUGCCCAUACCAUUAGUUCCUAAGCCACAGACACAAAGGAAGGAUGCUGGAGCUGGGGAUCAACCAAAUACCGGACAGCAGUUACAACAUAAGGAUGCUGGUAUUAUCAGCCAACCUAACACUGGUGGGGAUUCUCAUACAGUUCAAAAGACUAAAAAGGAUGUGCACGCAUCACCAAACCCUCCAACAAACCAAACUCAAAAGCCUACCACUCCAAUGUCUGGAAUCUCUAUGACAUUGCCUUACCACCAGUCACAAGUACCAGUGCCAUUUGGAGGCCCCAACCAGCAGAUGCAAUCACAGGGCAUAACCCCCAGUUCAUUGCACAUGUCCAUUCCUGUGCCAUUGCAGAUUGGAAGCUCUCCUCAAGUGCAACAGCAAAUGUUUGUUCCUGGUCUACAUCCCCAUCCAAUGCAGCCACAGGGAAUCAUUCAUCAGGGACAGAACUUGGGUUUUGCAACUCAAAUAGGUUCUCAGUUGCCUCCUCAAUUAAGCAACUUAGGAAUAAAUGUAACUUCGCAGUACCCUCAACAGCAAGGAGGGAAAUUUGGUGGCCCUCGUAAGUCUGCUGUUAGAAUUACUGAUCCAAAGACGCAUGAAGAGUUAAUAUUUGAUAACAAGCAAACAAGUGCAUAUACUGAUACUGGUUCUUCAGGCCCUAGGCCUCAAUAUAAUAUUCCUUCUCAAACACAGCCUCUUCCAUUUGCACCAAGUCAUGCAAUGAACUACUAUCCCAAUUCUUACAAUCAUAAUCCUUUAUAUUUUGCAAGCCCCAGUUCCCUUCCAUUACCGAGUGGUCAAACUGCACCUAAUUCUCAGCCUCACAGAUUUAAUUAUCCAGUCAGUCAGGGCUCCCAAAAUGUGCCAUACAUUGAUCCAUCAAGUAUUGGUCCCCUGCAUGUUAAGAAGCCUGGUGGAGGCCCAUUGCAUGGUAUUUCAGAUCCACCUAAUAGAGAGCAUACUCGUGAUUCUCACAGUUUGCAACCCCCUGCUCCAUCAGGAACAGUUCAUGUUACUAUCAAAAUGCCUACUGAUCCUUUAAGUGGCAAGGGCUCUGACUCAUUGCCCAAUAGAUUAUCUGCUACUGAAGAAGGCAAAUCACAGAAACCCUUGAGCUCAUCUGUAGAACUGAUCCCGCCUUCUUCUCAAAGGGCAUUAGAUAUGUCCUCUGAAAGUUCUCUACACGAUUCAAAAGUUGGAAGAGAACCGUUGUUGAUGAAGUCUUCACCUAUAGUAUCUAAACAGUUUUCGGAAGCACCUCCUGCAGUUUCACUGGAUGUCCAAGAUUCCAGCUCUGUGCAAUCUUCAUUGGCUGCUUCCUCUGAGGAGACUGAGUCAGUUGGAACUCAUAAUGAAGGAAGAAGGGAAAACCUGUCCAGGUCUGACUCACAAAAGAAAACAGGCAAGAAAGGAUACACCCAAUCACAGCAUCAGAUUAGCGGACAAGCUACAUCAACAUUGGGACUGCCUGGUCAAGAGCAGGAUGUAACUUCUCAUUCUAUAGUUUCUGAAGGUGUAGAAGCUAAGACAUCGAUCACUCCAGUAGUUGUGGAAGGCAUGUCAGGAUCAGUCAGUGCUGUUACUUCUGAUUCUUUAGAAUCUAAGGAUGCCAUUUUGGCUUCUGUUCAUUCUUCAUCUGAAAAUUCUGGUCUGGGGAAUGUUGAGAACUCUGAUCUCAUUUCUGAUAAUAAGCAGGAUUAUUCUUCUAAAGAAAAGCAUUCAGAACCUGUGCCAGCAACAUAUUCUGAACUUCCUAUAGAUGUUAAGAACUUCGAGAAUCUUUCAGAACAUGAUGUUGCAAAACCUGUGGAGAUUGCCGAGGAAACAGAAAAGGAAUCCAUUGUGAGCUCAACAACUGUUAGCAACGAGGUCUCUACCUCUGAAACUGCCCAAAGGGCUGUGGAUGAACCUGUGAGUUGUCAUGCAGGAGUUGAUGUGUCUGCUUCCGUGAGUUCUAGUUCAACUGUUUCUGAAAACUCUCAAGGUGAUAAGUCAAUGGUUGAUUCUUCUGGUAGAGAUGACAAUGUGAGUAGCAAUGAAGUUGUUCUAAAAAAAGGUGUCAGGUCAGACCAGCCAUCUGAAUCAGCCCAGAAUCCGGCACUUUCAGAAGGUAAACAUGAUGGGGACGUGUUGGAUGCUGUUGGCAGUGGUGGCAAUAUUUCACAUACAGUUUCUGGCACCAAGGAUAGAUCUGUUGUAGAGACGAGCAGGGUGAAGAGUACUACUGGAAAAGGGAAGAAGAAGCUUAAAGCAAUCCUUCAGUUGGCAGAUGCUGCAGGAACAACUUCUGACCUUUACAUGGCAUAUAAGCGACCUGAAGAGAAGAAAGAAACAGUAAUGCAUCCUGAGAGCAUUGAGAACAGAGAAAGUAGAUCUUCCAGUGUUGACACAGAGCAAUCCAUCGAGGCUUCUAAAGAAGAUGCUGAUGUACAGUUUAAAGCUGAGCCUGAUGACUGGGAAGAUGCUGCUGACAUUGCGACGCCUAAACUGGAAACAGCACAUGGAGAUAGUGUAGAUGCAUCAAUGCUUAAUGAUGGAGACAGAAUUGGAGAUAUGGCAAAGAAGUAUUCUAGGGAUUUUCUUCUUAAGUUCGCAGAGCAGUUUAUGGACCUUCCCCACAACUUUGAAGUUACAUCUGAAAUAGAGUCCUUGAUGAGUUCUCAUGCGAAUGCAUCUCAUCAUCCUGAUCGUGAUUCAUAUCCAAGUCCAGGACGAGUAGAUAGACCAUCAAGUGGGGGAUCACGAUUGGAUCGCCGUGGUAGUAAUUUGAUUGAUGAUGAUAGAUGGAGUAAACAUCCUGGUGCUUUUGCUUCAGGACAGGAUCCUCGCUUAGAUCUAGCUUAUGGAACUACAGGUUUUCGACCUGGUCAAGGAGCCAAUUUUGGUGUUCUAAGGAACCCCCGAGCACAGACUCCUGUUCAAUAUGCUGGAGGAAUACUUGCUGGGCCUAUGCAGUCUAUGGGUUCACAGGGAGGGAUGCAAAGAGGUAGUUCUGAUGCAGAUAGGUGGCAACGAGCUACCAAUUUUCAGCAGAAGGGUUUGAUUCCUUCACCUCUGACCCCAUUGCAGACUAUGCACAGAGCGAAGAAGAAGUAUGAGGUGGGUAAGGUGUCAGAUGAGGAAGAUGCCAAGCAAAGGCAGUUGAAGGCUAUACUAAACAAGCUAACUCCCCAGAACUUUGAAAAACUCUUUGAGCAAGUAAAAGCAGUUAACAUUGAUAAUGGUAAAACGCUGAGUGGUGUAAUAUCACAGAUUUUUGACAAGGCUUUAAUGGAGCCUACUUUCUGUGAAAUGUAUGCCAACUUCUGUUUUCAUCUUGCUGGAGAACUGCCUGAUUUAAGUGAAGACAAUGAGAAGAUUACUUUUAAGAGAUUGUUACUGAACAAGUGUCAGGAGGAAUUUGAGAGAGGUGAAAGAGAACAGGAAGAAGCCAACAAAGUGGAAGAGGAAGGUGAGGUAAAGCAGUCUGAAGAGGAAAGGGAAGAAAAACGGAUUAAGGCACGAAGACGAAUGCUAGGUAACAUUAGAUUAAUAGGGGAGUUAUACAAGAAGAAAAUGUUGACUGAAAGAAUAAUGCAUGAGUGCAUCAAAAAGUUGCUGGGUGAAUAUCAGAAUCCAGAUGAGGAAGAUGUUGAAUCUUUGUGCAAGUUGAUGAGCACAAUUGGAGAGAUGAUAGAUCAUCCCAGAGCGAAAGACUAUAUGGAUUCAUAUUUUGAGAUCAUGACAAUGUUAUCAAACAACAUGAAAUUAUCAUCUAGGGUUCGGUUCAUGCUUAAAGAUGCAAUUGAUCUGAGGAAGAACAAAUGGCAGCAGAGGAGAAAAGUUGAAGGCCCAAAAAAGAUUGAGGAAGUACACAGAGAUGCUGCUCAAGAGCGGCAGGCUCAAACUGGUAGGUUUGGUCGUGGUCCAAGCAUUAAUCCUUCGGCAAGGAGGGGUGGCCCACCUAUGGAUUAUGGUCCCCGGGGAUCAGCAUUGUCAUCUCCAAAUACUCAGCUGGGGGGUUUCCGUGGAUUUCCGCAUCAGGCCCGUGGAUAUGGUAGCAGUCAGGAUGCUCGCCAAGAAGAAAGGCAGUCUUAUGAAACUAGGACAUUGUCCGUUACAUUGCCUCAAAGAGCAAGUGGUGAUGACUCUAUUACAUUGGGACCGCAGGGUGGCCUGGCCCGAGGAAUGUCCAUUAGAGGACCACAACCAAGUUCUGCUGCUCCUGCCGAUAUAUCCCUUCUUCCAGGAGAAUUGAGAAGUGCACCAACAGCUUCUUUGAAUGGAUAUAGCUCUCCAGCAGAGCGUGCAACCUUAACUUCCAAAGAGGAUCUAAUUCCAAGACAUAUGCCAGAGAGAUUUGCUGGUCCAACUUCAUUCGACCAUACAAGUGGCCAAGAUCGUUAUUCGAAUUACGGGAACAAGGAUUUGAGACAUUCAGGACGGAGUUUUGAUAGAUCUCGUCCGAUUUCACCUGCCACACCGUCACCAACUUCGUCUCCAAGUCUUUCUUCGGAAAAGGUAUUGUUGUCUGAAGAAAAGUUGGAAGGAUUGUCGUUGACAGCAAUCAAGGAAUUUUACAGUGCCAGAGAUGAGAAGGAAGUAGCCCUGUGCAUUAAGGACUUGAAUUCCCCAAGCUUCCAUCCGAACAUGAUCAACCUCUGGGUCACGGACGCUUUCGAGCGAACAGAUAUGGAAAGGGAUCUUUUGGCCAAACUUCUUGUUAACCUCUCCAGGUCUAAUGAUGGCGCAGUGAAUCAAACCCAUCUCGUUAAAGGCUUUGAAGCAGUUAUUAACGCUUUAGAAGACACUGUAAAUGAUGCUCCAAGAGCUCCAGAAUAUUUGGGCCGCAUUCUUGCCAAGAUCAUCGCAGAAAGCUUGGUUUCUUUGAGAGAAGUCGGAGAUCUAAUCUAUCAAGGUGGAGAGGAACCUGGAGCCCUUCGCCAAGCUGGGCUUGCAGCCGAUGUUCUUGGCAACAUCUUGAAAGCAAUCAGGUCAGAGAAAGGAGAAGGCUUCCUAAACGAGAUGCGGACAAAUUCGAAUUUGCGUUUGGAGACGUUCCGGCCCCCCGAUCCCAUGAAAUCAAGAGUCUUAGAAGAUUUUAUUUAGGAGUAGUCAAUCAAAAUUGCUGCUGCUGUAAUUUUGUUAGUUGAAAUCGUGAUCCCAAUGCUGUUUUAGGCUGCUACUUAAUUAAUUUGCAGAAAAGAAAUUUAUAUAUUUUUCCUUUGUGGGUUGGGUGGAAAUUUCUCAUAUAUUGGGGUUCAUCCAUCAUCUCACCAUCUUUAACGUAAUUAAAUUCAACCAUGUCUCUUCUGAAAUUAUUAUAGAAUAGGUUCAGUUGAGCUCCAAAAAACUUGGAUGUUUUUAUGCUUCCUUUCUGCUUUUUCAAUCUUGUGGAGCGUUAGUUUAGUUCUUUUCUUUAUGAUGUAUAGCAAAGUCAAUAAAAGCCACGAGCUAUCACGAUUCAUUUAUCCA